ACAGCUCUGCUCAGAGGUUUGGAGCACACACCCUCUACAGCUGAUUCUGACAGCUUCUCUUGCACUCACUCACUCACAACACACACAUUUAAAUACCCUCAUAGGAAGACUUGCUGUAAAUUGAGUCCUCACUCUCAAUGAUACCACCAUGGGAUGCUCAGGGCUGUUGAUUUUGGGCUUUGUCCUAAGUGUGUCUCACUGCUUGGACAUGUUGGAUAUGGAGGAGGACAUGGAGAUUGACCGUAACGUCACUGGGAUCCUUGGAGAGGAUGUCUUCCUCCGCUGUCAGUACCUGGGACUGAAUGUCAUCACAUACGCCUCAUGGAAACGCCCAGACUCUAGAAUGAAGCGAUUGAUGAAGAAAUUAACAGGCUACAAGAACAACAAGGCUUUCAGCAAAGACCCAGACUUCUCCGCCCCAGCCUCUCCCACCAAUCUGACUGUGAAGAUGAGGGUGUCUACUCUGGAGGCCCAGGGGGAGUACACAUGUGUGUUUGCCACCGAUGAAGAGGAGAUCACUAACAGCAUGUUUCUCACUGUUCUGGCUCGACCUGAUAUCUACACAGUGGUGACAGAGGACACAGACAACGCUACCCACUACCAGUCAGUCACAUGCUCAGCUACCAAUGGUAAACCUGUGGCUCUGAUUCGCUGGGAGAUCAACGGCAGCUCUCCUACUGACGACUCCUCUGUGGAGAUGAGGAACACCAGUUAUACCAAUGGCACUGCCACUAUGACCAGCUUACUCCGCUUCCCCACCCACCUACAGGGCCAGGACAGGGUGACCUGUGUGGUCCAGCACCCAACCCUGCCUGACCCCACCACACAUGUCACAGUGAGGGUGGAGACUUUCGUGGCUCCCAAUGUGACCAUUGAGACAUACCUGGUUCUAGAGGAAGGGGAGAAGUUCUGGGUGGUCGCCUGUGGUGCGGCUGGAGGGCGACCCCGAGCUGACAUCACCCUGGUGCUGCCCAAUCAGGAGGUCAGUUCCAUGCUACAGAAGGAGGUUGUCAUGGAUGCAGCAGACACAUGGGUCAGGUCAUAUCGCUUCCCAGCUGAGCUUCAUGAAGGGGAAAACAUCACCUGCCUGUUUGACCACCCCAAGUUCCCACACGGAGAGCUUCGGACCGUCACUUUGCCGGCAUUCUCUCUGUCUGCUGUUCGGCUGCAGAACCCAGGGUUGGCCGACGGCAACAACAAGAGCCAGGCUGUAGAGUCAGUGGUUCUGGAGGAAGGACAGAGCAAAACCACCAUCGGGCUAGAGGUCGUUGGGGAUGUACCACGUUACAGUAUAGUAUGCACCAAAGAAGAGCAGUCUCUCCCUGAGGGUGUGGCAGUAUUUGGCAGUGCUCUAACCCUGCAGGGUCCUGUUGAGCUCUACCAUGCAGGGCUGUAUGAGUGUGAGGCCUCCUACUACAGCCACAGGGCAUCUGUACUGCUGGACAUUACCGUUAACCCACGUGUCAAGCAGCCUGUGACUGUUCCUCCCAGCAUAAGGAUUGAUGUCCAGGACAGACUGGGUGACAGAUUCAUUGAGUGCCUGGCUGCAGACUCCGUCCCUGUUGCCAAUGUGUCCUGGGUUCUACCUGAGGGUGUGUCUGGGCCCUCCUGGUCCAGUCUCACAUCCCAUAAUGGAACCUAUUCUGUCAGCAGUGUGUUAGUACUGCCUGCCUGCUCAGCCCAGGAGCUCAAUAUGGAGUGUGUGAUAGAUCAUACUGUGUUUGUGUUGCCAGAGAGAAGACAGAUAACACUCCCUGUGUGUGGUCCUCCUAACAUCACCAUCCAGUCCAGCUCUGAGUGGGAGGAAGAUGUAGCAUACACACUGGUGCAGUGCACUGUGGACAAUGUUGGACCUGCUGCCACCAUCUCCUGGAGUCUUGGAGACUGGGACAGUGACAAUAGUACCAGUCAGCUCAUGGAGGUGCAGGAGCAGGUUCACAGGCAGCCUGAGCUCCAUGCCAAUGGCUCUGUGACGGUCCGUAGUGUGUUGAGGUUCCCCACUUCCAUGUUCUCUGGUCAGAAUGUCACCUGUGUGGUGGAUCACCUGGGUCUUGAGAAGCCAGAGCGAACAGGGAUACUGCUGCGUGGACUGGAGUCCCCUGUGAUGCGUGUUUUUGUUGGGCGGCAGAGGGGAUCUUCUCUGUGGCUGGCUGUAUGUGAGUACAGAGGGGACAGGCUCGGAGCACACCUCUCUUGGGUUCUACCUGACAACGCCACAGGCCACAUCUCCUUCCGCUCUGGGUAUGAAGGAGUGAGAGUGCUAACCAACCUCACCUAUGAGUUUUCACUGGCCCUCCACGAGGGACAGGACCUGAUCUGUCUCAUUCAAAAUCACCAUGGACUAAAGGAGAGGAGGACAGUCCAUGUCCCCAAAUACUACAUCUCAUCUGUCAGAGUACUCAAUCAAACCACUCCCCUGUACAAACCUUAUGGAGACGAGUCCGUUAUACAUCGAAUGUCCCUAAAGGAGAAUUUCCACAACCAGAGGAUCCUGCUCAAAGUCUAUGGCAGUGUGCCAACUUAUAGCCUUACCUGUCAGAGAAAUGACGGCACAUUGGUCCAGAUGGAUGGUCGGGCUCUGUUGUUCCACUCAGAGGUCACGGAGCGGGAGGCGGGCCUCUACACCUGCCAAGCCUCUUUCUACCACCAUCAGGCCUCGGUCCUCAUUCAAGUGGAGGUCACCAGUGAAGAUAAACAGCUCAGUGAGUGUACACUCACCUUAUCAUGCAUCAGUGAAACAACAAUAUUGAUUGUCUUCAUCGUCUGUUUCUCCUCGGCUGCAGCCAUCACGAUCCUCCUCAUCGUCACUCUAUGUGUUUUCUGCAAAAUAAAUGGAGGAGACCGCCUAGCAUCUAAGAAGCGGGAGUCGCUGGCACCCUUGACCUCUCUGACCCAGGAACUGUGCUCUCCAGAGCUGAGGAAAGGAAAGACAGCAGUGACAGUACCAGGAGGACGAGGCCAGGAGUACAACCAGCUGCUCAGCUACUCUAUUGUCAUUGAUGCCAGAUCCACUGUGUAAAUGACAGGGUGUGUCCCUACUGGCACACUAUUACCUAUAUAGAGCACUACUUGUGCACGGUAUAUGGAAUAGGGUGCCAUUUGAGACUGAAUUGUUUUAUUUGGCAGUUAAAAAAAGACGUACUCACAGUACAUGCAUUUAAAAAACUUGACCGGGAUAUCAGAGACUUUUGGUCCCUAAAUUCCAUGGUGCAAAAACAUUACAACAUUACAUAGAUGGACUCAUGACAUGGAUCAACUUUUUUUAUUUUUUCAAUUUCUCGAUCAUUAGCCAGAUUUUGACUUUAGACACAACCAUAGUCUUCUACUAUAUGUUGGAGUCCACGCUACAGUAUCCUGCAUCGCUCUUACGUGGUGCAUGAUGCAGCUUCUCCUAAUGCCAAGUCAUUCAAAUGCAUUAUUUUGUGAAUUUUUCAUUUUUAGUUUUGUUUAUUGGUGUAUUUCAUGCAUUGGUGUUUUAAAUAAUUGUAAUGUGUUGUAAAACUCAUAGAAAUUAUGUUGAGCGUAGCUUCUAUUUGUUUGACUGUUUUGUAUUAUGCUGAACUUGAAAAGGUUAUUCAUUUUGGUUAUCUAAUGUUGUAAAAUCUGGAGCAUUAUCAGUAAAAGUAGUGUAAAUGUGUAUCUUGUUGUUAAACCUGCUUUGUUUUACAGGUUUAAGACUAAAUUAAUUGACACAAGUGUGUGCACGUACAUACACACACAUUCUUGUAUAACUGAACUUGUGUGGUCACACAAUUCAGUCCCACUCAAAGUCCUAUUUUCCAGAACCCAUAAACUUUAACCUUUACCCCAAAACCUAAUCUAGCUCCUGAACCUAACCGUAACCCUAAAACCCCUAGAAAUAGCAUUUGACCAUAUGGGGACUAACAAAAUGUCCCCUAGUUGGUACAUUUUUGGUUGUUUACUAUUCUUGUGGGGACUUCUGGUCCGCACAAGUAUAGUUAAACACGUCCAGACACACACACACACAGUUAGAAUUAAUUUCUUCCCACUAACCCUGAUUGUGUCAUGGAAAUAAGACACUACUAAUAGAGCUCACCUCAUCACUUGCAGAACAGCAGUAAAAUGUAUUCUCACUCGAGAGAAAAAAGUAAAUCAGGUUGGAUCAGGUUUUGCAACAUUUUAAUACAGACUGCACCUUGCUGUAAUGAAUUUAAUAUAAAUGUGUGAUGUGGCAAUUUUCUUCA